CGGCUGGCCUGCCCGCAGCUCUGCCCCAGCCCCUUUAUACGGGGCAGCCGCGGAGGUGGGGCUGAGCUCUUCCCGCUCCGUCAGCAUCCCAGGGUGCGGGACAGCCAGCGCGCAGGGUAGCGAGUAACGGGAUCAGUUUCGAGAUGGGGAGGAAGCUGGACCUCUCCAAGCUAACCGACGAAGAAGCCAAACAUGUUUGGGAAGUCGUUCAACGGGACUUUGAUCUGCGGAAAAAGGAGGAGGAACGGCUGGAGGAGUUGAAAUGCAAGAUUGACCAGGAGAGCAGCAAGAGAGAGUUCUUGACAAAUCAGUCCCACCUCAAUGAAACUCACUGUGUCCACUGCCUCCAGCCCUUCAAGUUCCUGCUGAACAGCAAGAGGCAGUGCUUGGACUGCCACUUCUACACCUGCAAGAACUGCAGCCGCUACAACAAGAAGGAGCAGGGCUGGGUCUGCGAUCCCUGCCGCCUCUCCAGGAUCGUGAAGGUCGGGUCCCUGGAGUGGUACUAUGAACACAUGCGGUCCCGUUUCAAGAGGUUUGGAAGUGCCAAAGUGCUGCAGUCCCUCUAUGGCAGGCUGCAGGCAGGGCAGGGGCUCAACUCUGCGUUUCUAGGUCUUCAUGACAGAGUUUACAGCCUGCCAGACAUUAACAGUGAGUGCCAGCUGCUCACCAGCUGUGACGCUGGGGACGACAGUGAUGAGGAAGACAAUGUCCUUCGUGGAGCUGAAGCGGAGCGCUACAGCAGAAUGUGCAAGACAAAGCGCCUGCUGUCUGUCCAUCCCUUUGACUUUGAACUGGACUCGGAUUACUCUGCUCAGUCUCGCCAUCAGUCUGUGCAGCUCUCGCCGGCAGCCAGCAGCCUGGAUGCUUUCCAGUCCUUCACAGACUUCGCCAACUCAGCCGAAGGUGCCUCCCAGGAAUCCAGGGUCGCGAAUGCAGAUCUAGUCUUCCAUCAUGUCCUGCAGGAGCAGGGACCAGGCAUGAGCCCUCCGGAGCAGCACUUCAGCACACAGGUUCAGCUCACCCUCAAUUCACGGAGAAGGAGCCUGGAAAGAAAUCCAAAGCCUGGUGGCCCCUGGAACGAGCCGUCCCAGUCCCGGUACUCCGCAGACAUGGACACCUCCGAUGAGGAUGUGAAGGGAGCCCAGUUCCCUGCCUACCCACCCCACCACGUAAAACGCCGGAACAGAGCCUCCUCCCAGGAGAACACCAGCCACUCUGACAAUCAGAUUCAUGAGCUCAACACUCGCAUGUCUGCAAUCGAACGCAUUCUGAACCGCUUGGAGGAAAAAAUCCUGGUGCACUCUCACAAGUCUCCAGCCCCAGAGUCCCAAACUGAUCCCGAUGCCGAGGAGGAGGAGUUGAAGAGGAAGCUGGAAGAGUUAGCCAGCAACAUCAGCGACAAAGAAGUCUCUUCUGAAGAAGAGGAGCAGGAAGAAAAGAAAAGAGCAAAGAAACCAGAGAUGAAUUCCUCCAGUGAUGACAUGGCCAGAGAUGCUCAAAAGGUGUACUUGACUGCUGGGAAGACCUACAGGCUUGAGAAGACCCUGAAGGAGCUUGAGGAGGGGGCUCAGCACAGUGGCACUACUGACUCGGAGCUGUCAGAGCUGGAGGACAAAGUGGCCUCGGCCGCCGCUCAAGUCCAGCAGGCAGAGAGCGAGAUUUCAGACAUCGAAACCCGAAUCGCGGCUCUGUCUGCGGCGGGGCUGACGGUGAAGUCAGUGGAAAAGGCAAAGAAGAAGUCAAGUGGGCAGGCUGCCUGCCUCCACUCUCUCGGUCCUGCCAGCAGCAGUCCAGGGGAGUCUUUGGAUGACAUUAAAGCAAUGCCCGGACUACAGAGGUUCAGGAGGAGGUUCAACAGUCCCAUGGAAAUCACAGGCUUUGAUGAUUCCUUUGACCGCAACUCUGUUUACCGUGGCUCCCUGACACAGAGGAACCCCAACGGGAAGAACAGGAGAGUGGAGAGGCUCUUUGCGAAGCCUGUGAUGACCCACCUGUCCUGAGGAGAGGGGCACAUUCCUGCUACCGCAUUUCAGUGAUGAUAUAAGACCUCAGUGCAAAGCCUCUCACCGCCUUCCCUGCAACACUUUCUCCUCCUUCUCCUAUGCCCUUCUCUCCCUGAAACCCUGGACAGAAACAAAGCCAAAGGACAUGGACAGGAGGUCUUGCUGGGAGCUGCUGGGGGGAAGAGCAAGGCACUGGGGUGCAUUCAUGUGGCCGGGGGCUCUCCUGGGAGGAUGCAGGCAUGAGAUCUUGGCUUUGUGCAGCUCUUGGGUACUGGCUCAACCCAGGUGGCCAGAGGAGGGAGCUGGAUGUCAGUGUGGCAUCCAGCACAGGGACCAGGAGCCCUGACUUGGCAAAAGCUGUCAGUGCCUGUCCCUGCUCUUUUCCAGGCUGGUGGUGAGCAGGGACAGGAGCUGACAGUGGGGUGCAGGAUGACCCUGGGAUACCCCAGGUGGAGCAGGGAAUCCCAGUGCUGGGAUUCACAUUGAGGUGCUGGUCCCAGCUCCCUGCUAUGUCCCUGGAAGCAUUGUUGGCCUUCCCUGAGUAGCAAAGGAGGUUGAAAGCAGGUUUCUUCCCUCCCCGUAAGCACUUGGCCAACAGAUCUUUGCACCAAACCAUGCAAACACCCACUGAGGCCUCUCGCUGCUGUGCCUGAAGCAGGUGUGACCAUCUGGGGAUGUGAGUGAGGCGAGGCUUGCAGGAGGUGUCGGCAAGGAAGAUGGAAGAAAUGAUGGAGAGCUUGCUUUUCCAGCUCUCGAAGAUACCUCCUCUCCAUGUGAGAUUAUAUCAGCAAGAUAUAUAGUAGAACUCCAGCAAGCAGAGUGUAGGUGCUUCUCUGCUCCAUAGAGGGGUCAGCCCAUGGCAAGAUGCACUUUGUGGAUGAGCAUGUCCCCUGUCCCUGAUUGUAGAAUCUGUUAGGACUAUCCCAUCCUUUGGAGGAGCUGUGAUGACCUUCGAGGGCUGCAGUGGCCCUGGGCUCCUGCCAAGUGACAAUGGCAUUGGUAACAUCCUCCCCCAUAUGCCCCAAGAUGUUUGUUUUCCUCCAGGAUUUAAUUCCCCACAUCCAUUAACCCCUGUGGAUCAGUCUCUGGCCCCAUAUCCAUGCCCAGGGUAUUGGGAUGGGAAGAGGGUAGGUUUCUCUUAUAGGUCACUUUGGAAGAGUUUUUUUGCUUGGUACCUGUCCUGUACAGCCCCCACCUCCCUCUCUCCCUCCCUCCCUCCCUCUCUCCUUCCACAGUGGGUGAUGUGGGGAGGAUCACUCGCAGCCAGAGUGGGGAUGUCAGACCAAGCUGACAGUUUCCCAUCAAUGGCCACUCAGGCUGGACCCUGUGCAACUGAGCUAAAACCACUUUAAUUAUGAGAAGUAGGAUGAAUUCUUAUGCAAGUAACUCAUACAUUGGCUUUGUCUAGAAACUGCUAACUUCCUAGAAAUUGGUCCUGUGGUCAUCCUGGAGUAGUCUUCUAAGUCCACAGUCUGGGCUUCCCAGAUGGAAACAAAACCAGUUUCUUAAUUUAAAAUUAAAUCCUUCUGGCCUGAAGCUCAGAAGGGUAAGUGCAAAUCUCUGCUGUGGCAGAAACUGUCCCAGACACCGUGGCAUUACUGGGUGCAUUUCUUGCUGCUCUGCUGGCCUCGGUGCUGGGAUGUCAGGUCCUUGCUGGCAGAAGGGAGCUCCAGCAAGACCUGGGGGGUUUGCACUCACCCUUCUGGUGUCAGGGUUCAGCUUUUGCCCCAACUCCAUCUCUUUCUCUAUCUGGUUUCAGCCGUAACUCAAGUCUUUCCAUGCUUGACUCUGUAAAGAAAUCCUCACGGUGAGCUUCAGCAGUGCAAACUAAGGCAUUGUUCAGGCUGUAGUCAUCCACAUUGUUCUCUGCUGGUUUUCUGACCCGUCUUUCUGUCUAGAGAUUUUAUAUAUGUAUACUAAAUCAUCCAAUAAAGCAAAUUUUAUGUCCAGGACCAUCCA